CUGGUAAGACAGUCCUGCACAGAGCCUCCUUUACAGAAAAGUGCGGUGCCAUAGUCCAUUUCACUUGUACAGGCAGCAGUGGACAACUCAGAUGUACAGCGAAAUUUAGACAAUAUCAUUCGCACCGAUCAUGUAUUCCACAGAUAGUAUUGAAAACCAAACAUCUAAUGAACACAAUUUAAUUUAUGAUGAAUUAAAAACAAUUAUAAUGGAUCAUCAAGUGGUUAUGAAAAAAUAUGAAGAUUUUUCAACACUAUUUCGACGAGUGAUGUUGUUUUUCGUAUCCUCAUUUACGGUUAUCUUGCUUUGGUUUACAUUCAUAAUGAGUUUCUCCAACGAUGAUAGAUUUAACACUUCGGAUGUUAUAAUAAUAAAAAUGAUUUGCGAAAUCCCAUCAAUAUUGUUUCAAAUAUAUAUGAUGUGUUAUUUAUUUUGCAAUAUAAACGAUCAAGUAAUUUGAAACCCAUUA